AUGAGUUUACAAGGAGCUAAUUACGGGAUUGAGUGUACAACUAUACGUCAAAGUUUCCAGGACCUGCGAGAACUAGUCUGUGAGCAAUACCAUGAUCACUUCUACAAAAAUUCCCAAUUUCCACAAAUUGAACCAGAAAUUAACUUUUCUACAACUGCAUCCAUAGUUUCUAGUGGGACCCAGUCAAGGAAUAACUUACAUAAAUUAUAUAGAAGAUUAAAGUUAUUCAGUCGAAGGGACAAUAAAAAUAGACCUGCCAAGGACAGAAGCAACCGUGUGUUCCCUAACAAAACAUUUCGCAUUAAAGAGGAUACGGCAGAUGAGAUAACAAAAACUCGGUGGCAUGUUUGGAGUACAUUUACAAGAAAAAUUCGGGUAAACUCAUCGUUAUUGUCUGUGUCUCUCACUCCAUUUGAUUACGCUGAUAAUUCAUUAAUCUAUUCUCCGCAUCUACCAGCCGAAAGUAGUGCGGUUAAUCUAGAUCAAAUGUUUCACUCACCAGACCCUUGA